UAAUAAUAAUUUAAUUGAUAAUACAAUAACGACACUUCUUUGUGGUCAAAAAGAUAAUCAAGUCAUUUAUAUUCUUACGAAUCAAUCACCUCCUACUGGAAUCAAUUUAUCAAUUUUGAAUAUAACAACUUCACCACCAUCAAUUAAUUCUUUGAAUUCAUUACCAAUUGAUAAUUUUGAAAAUAAUAGUAAUUGGUGGGGUACAUCUGCUAUUUGGAGAAAUCUUGAAAAUUCGAAAUAUAGAUCUAUGUCUGAGAUUAAUAUGUACAAUUUAGUAAAUAAUACAUGGACUUAUCAGAAUGUAACAGGUCAAAUUCCUUCAGGUCGAGAUUCAUUUUCAUUAUCUCCAACUCGAGAUGGAAAAUUAAUUCUUUACGGAGGAAUAAACAAAUUAAACAGUAAUCCAAUUUCUUCUGAUAUUUCUAUACUUGAUACGACAACUACGCCAUUUACUUGGUCAACUCCUGACAUUAAAAAUCCAAUACCUUCGAGAUAUUCUCAUACUGCUAAUAUUAUUGGAAAUAAUUUGAUUGGUUCAAGUGUUCACUCUAAUUCUAUUCCAAGGUAUUCACAUGAUAGUAAAGUUUCUAACGAUAGAAAUAAUAAUAAAAAUUCUUUCUUCAAAAAAACAUUUACAUGGUCAAAAAAGAAUAAUGAUAACAAGGAUAAUAGAAUAAAUAGUUAUAAUAGCAGUAGUAAUAGUCAUUAUAGUAAAGUUAAACAUGAAGAAAACAGAGAAAAAGUAAUAACAAAAGAAUUAAAAGAAGAGCAAGAAAGUGGAUCAUCAAUAGAAGAAACUGAUUCAAUUAUAGAAGAACGUAAAGGAAAUGAAUAUCAAAAAAUUUCGGAUACUGGUAAAAGAAGUGCUCUAGAUUUUAGUCAACUUCGAUCUGUUCGUAAAGAUUUUAAAAAUUUAUUGAAUAUUAAGAGAGAUAAAAGUGAAAGUGCUCCCUCAACAGCUAGUCUUAUGAUACAAAGAGUUAUCUCUGUUUAUG